UUUCGAUCUUGUCGGUCAACUCUGACGUUUUAAGUCUUGAAAUUCUUCUCGAUCGGGUGACCGCUUGAAUAUUCUAACGGCAAGAUGGGUGAUAAGCAUUUUGGCUCACACUUGAAGACCAGCGAGAAGGUGUUGAAAUCAGUGGUGAAACUGUUUGUUCAGAUUUCAACUCCAAACUAUAGCAUGCCCUGGCAGAUGAAGCGGCAGCAGCAGGUUUUUGGAUCAGGGUUUGUGAUUUCCGGCAGGAGAAUUCUCACCAAUGGACAUGUAGUAGCUUACCAGAAGUCAGUGCGAGUUCGUAAGCAUGGAGAUGCUAAGAAAUACAAUGCUCAUGUGAUUCAUGUUGGCCAUGAGUGUGACAUUGCCAUGCUGGGUGUAACAGAUGAAACCUUCUGGGAGGAUCUGUGCCCCCUGGAAUUUGGUGAGAUACCUGCACUUGAAGAAGAUGUGGUUUGUGUUGGUUUUCCAACUGGUGGAGAUAAUAUUAGUGUCACGCGAGGAGUUGUCUCUAGAGUGGAAAUUCAGCGUUAUGCACACUCUGCAGUGGAACUUUUGGCUAUACAGAUUGAUGCAGCAAUAAACAGUGGUAACAGUGGUGGGCCUGCCCUUCAGGAUGACAGAGUGAUUGGAAUUGCUUUUGAGACACUGGAUAAUGCUGAAAACAUUGGAUAUAUUAUACCUGUAACAGUAAUAAAACAUUUCCUGGGAGAUAUUGAGAAAAGCAACACAUACAAUGGUUUCUGUCGACUGGGAAUCAAAUGGCAGCCAAUUGAAAGUGAACACAUGCGGAAUUACUUUCAGCUGUCAGCAGAACAGACAGGGGUCCUUGUUACAAAAGUCCUUCCUUUGUUCAGCUGCAGCAGUGUGCUGAAACGAGGAGAUGUCCUUAUGGCAGUGAAUGACGAAGUGAUUGCAGACAAUGGAACAGUUCAUUUUCGCGGUAAUGAGCGUAUUCUGUUUGACUACAAAUUGUCACAGAUGUUUAUUGGUGAUAUCUGCAAACUGAAAAUUCUAAGACAAGGCCAAGUGUUGAAGGUUGAAGUGACAUUAGAUCUCAUCACAUCACUUGUACCCACCCAGCUGUAUGACAAAAGACCAAGUUACCUCGUGUACGCUGGCCUCGUGUUUGUGUCUCUCUCCCAGCCCUACAUGCAACAUCAGUACGGAAAAGACUGGGCACGAAAGGCACCCAUAAGGCUCUGUGAUCGUGUUCUAUACGGUAUUUUGAAUCAAACGGGACAGGAAGUCAUUUUGCUCAGUCAGGUUCUCGCAUCGGAGCUAACAACAGGCUACGAGACAAUGGCAAAUUUGCAGCUUUUUAAAGUUAACGGGAGACCAAUUUUGAAUCUAAAGCAUCUUGCAUCCGUUCUUGAUGAAAUCACAAUACCUUUCGGCAAACCAGAAGACUCACAAGCGAAAGGUGGAACAACGGCCAGAACUGUGACAUCAGAAAGUUGUGUGGAGGACAACAGUAGCACAAAACAAGGCGAAUUAACUGCUAAGAGUUGUGAAGUACACAAACGCCAAGAUGACAACAUAAUCCCUUUAAAAGAAGUCACAACUAUUGAUGAUACGGAUGGUCGAUCAUGCGCCAAGCUUAAAACACUAGAGGACGUAAAGAAAGAUUGGGAGAGGGGAAAUAACGUGUGUGAAAGUGACAGCCACCCUUUGUCACAUUACCGGAAAACAUCCAAUGAAUGCAGAAAACAAGAUUUCACUCAGACUGAUUCACGUUCUUCAGACUCCUUGUAUUUAUCGACGACACAAACGACCGAUAUGAAUUCUGGUGUGGGUGACGAUCCUACCCUUCUAAACAGAGAAGAUUUCGUGCAUUUUGAGCUCGAUAAGGAGAAAAUAAUUGUGUUACAUAUUCCAACUGCUUAUAACGCUGCACCAGAAAUACUACAACAAUACGCAAUAGGUCAGCCUCGAUCCAAUGACUUACCUUCACCUCCCUAAUGUCACGUGUUGAACACGUGAAUAUGAAAGGUCACGAACUCUACUACACUACAGCCUCUUCCGCGAUGUAAAGCACUUACAGAAUUCAGCCCCUCCAAUAAAAUGUAACCUAAUCUUGGUUACCCGACUAGA